CUUUCAUCGCUACCUUCAACUUGGUAUCAGGGACCAUUUGCUCAAUACCUUUACCCAGAUCCAUUAGGGCUGUAGUGUCUGUGGUUCAAAUUUGAAAGACACAAUGUCCCACGGCUCGGAGGACUGCGCGUCGGUGCUGGAGCAGUUUGUCCACGAUGUCGCGAACUUACCGGCCGAAAUCAGCCAUUUGAUGGAGGAGAUCCAGGCCAAAGACAAGACCAUCCAAGACUGUCGCACAACGAUAAACUCGCGCGAUACUAGUCUCCAGAAAUUCAUCAAACUCAACGGCAGCUUGACGCCCAACCCGAAAGAAGAGCAAUACGGCAAGACGAUUCUACAAAACCUGGACAAGUCGCAGCAGCUCCAAGACGAAAAGAUCCAACUGAGUGAAAAGGCCUGCGUGCUUCUCGACCGACAGAUCCGAAAGCUGGAUGUCAAAAUCCGCGAUCUGGUCAACGACGGCGUCCUGACCAACGACCCUCCCCUCCCCUCCCUCUUCAACAACAAAGACGAAUAUCGCGAACCCCCGAAGAUCUUCUUCCCCGAAGCCUCCUCCGAAUCCACCUACUCCACUCCACUGAAUUCGACCUCCGCCAACGCCAACGUGAUCAUCGGCGCCACACAACGAUUGAAUCAGUCCCUAGCCCGCUCCGUCGGCCCAGCAGCCCUGAACUCGCCCACCCACGCGCGCAGUUCCGCGCCUGCCACCCCCGCCGCGGCCACAGCACACUUCCAACAACGCCAGCGCGAGUCCUCCGCUGGCGCCGUCGACACCAAGCGCCGCCGGCUCAACCUGGGCACCCUCCCCGCGGCGUCGUCCAACCUCCGACAAUCCUCAAUCGGCCCCGGCACACCCAAAGGCGGCACCCCAGCCACAAGCCGCGCCGGCAGCAAAGUCGCACCACACCAACAGGUGAAGAAAGUCCGGUUAUCAUCCGGCCUGGGCAAGCCCAGCAAACGGUCAUCCAGCGCCAGCGGGCGCAUCAAGCUCUCAGGACCCAAGAAAUCCCCGUCAGCCGCAGGCGGCGACGAAGACGAAGACGACUCCAUGCUCAGCAGCGCCGACAUGUCAGAGUCCGAGAUCGCGAGCGAUCCCCGCCGGGGCGACGAGGACGACGAGGACGAAGACGAGGGCAACGAGGAUACCAAGGUCUACUGUACCUGCCGGAGCGUCAGCCACGGCGACAUGGUGGCUUGCGAUAACGAAGACUGCGAGUUCGAGUGGUUCCACUGGAAAUGCGUGGGGUUAACGCGGGAACCUGUCGGGAAGUGGUAUUGUCCGCAGUGUGCCGCUAAAUUAGGCUGAUUUGGUAUACCCUGGGUUUUUUUCUUCUUUGUUUUAUACUGUAUGAUUAUAUGAAUAGCGGGACUGGUGGGUAGGUAAUAUGUUCGGGAUUGUAUUUAAGGUAUUUCCAAUGGUCUGCGAGGU